UAUCACUGCUGUGUUUGCUCUCCUCCUCCGCCCCUCUGAGGGUUGUGUUAAGGGUUGUGUUAAGGGAAACAAUAUUGGCACGGUUGUUUUUAGGUCACGGGCAGGUUUUAAGAUACGCUGCUUGCUUGCGUUCUUUUCACCCUGUUCGUGGUUUUGCCCUGCUAGCACAAUAAGAAAGGGGGGAGGGGGGUCCUAGAAUCUUGGAAUAAUGUUGUGACUGUGGGUCUCUGAAGGUGGCCAAUCAGGCGGGGUUGGGGCUGCUGUGUCUAAUGAAGAUAUAUUCCCAGAUGACUUUGUGCCCCAGACCCUGGUGUUGAACCAACUUUAGCUGUAGUACAAGUAGCAGCUCCAAGAGAAAUCAAGGUGGUCUUGGGAAAUAACCGUGUGAUGGGGACAUUUUUGCUUUGAACUUCCCCAGAGCACAAGCAAGUAGUGGAACACAAUCAAUCAACAUUUGGGAACAUAAUUUCUUGAUUUGGGUUUUGAGGCAGACUCCCUCCUAAAAAUGUGCAAAGUUAGUGUUUGGAAGACUGGGCUGUUAAUUAAACAUGGUCAGUUUUGAAAUAGAGUUUCUCACAUUUCACAUGCUGUGCCUAUAUGCCUGCCGCUGGGCGAAAGCAUCUAGGCUGUGGCCCAAAUAGGUACUGGUCAAAAGUGGUGCACUAUAUAGGGAAUAGGGUGCCAUUUGGCACUGGCCCCUAACAAGUGCUUUAAUUGUAUGAGCAUUUCAGCCUAUGUUUUACUUAAUAUUCCAAAUAUCUGGAAAGCUAUUAGGUAUCCACAGCAGUCACCCACAUGAGGUAGAGUUGCAAGGCAUAGCAAUAGGGGUCAAAUAGCCAUAGCACCAGGGGUCAAAGGAUAAAGGUAAAGAUGGAUGGGGCCUCAGUGGUGCACUGCUGCAGAGUUGAAGACCUGAGGAGCAGUCUGAACAGCAUAUUCCUCACAUUCUGCUCAGAUCUAACCCAGUUGGCCUGUCUGGCCAAGCGUUUCUUUGCUUGUUCAGCCCAGGCCUAACCAGGAUUUGGUUUGGCUCAUUCAGCACAACUCUCAAAAACAACUGUAUGAAGACUUAAGGAACUAAAGCUGCGUAAACAUGAAUUAAGGGCGACUAACUAGGAGGGGAUUUAGCUUCAGCUCGCUGGUAAGUUGGAUGAUGUUGCAUCAUGGUUUGAACGAGGCGUGAUGUCACUUGAAUUGAAUCGUCUUUCUCUGCCUGCGGGCCGUUGUCUGUGUCCAUGGUAUUUUUCAGAGCUGUUCCAAGCCGAUGUGGAUGAGUUCUGUCAAUACUACGGACGGCGGGAUGGAGGCCUGUGCUUCCCAGAUUUCCACCGAAAGCAAACACGGGGACAGGACUCCAACUACUUGGGAGAUGAGAAAGUCGAAGACAUCAACAGGAAGCACAAGCACAACUGCUACUGUGCCCAGGUGGUGCUGAGUGGGCUGAGGCAGCCAGUAGCCGUGGUGCACUGUGGGGACGGAUCCCAGCGCCUCUUUGUCCUGGAGAAGGAGGGCUUCGUCCGGGUGCUGACCCAUAACAUGGAGCUGCUGAAAGAGCCUUUCCUGGACAUCCACAAGCUGGUGCAGACUGGACUCAAGGCAGGAGAUGAAAGGGGUCUGCUAGGUCUCACAUUCCACCCCAAUUACAAGAAGAAUGGCAAGCUGUACGUCUCCUACACCACCAACCAGGAGCGCUGGGCCAUCGGACCGCACGACCACAUUCUGCGUGUAGUCGAGUACACCGUCUCCAGGAAAAACCCCAACAUGGUGGACAGUAGGACCACGCGGAUGCUGAUAGAAGUGGCAGAGCUGCACAGGAAGCACCUGGGAGGACAGCUGCUGUUUGGCCCUGACGGCCUGCUGCACAUCGUCCUGGGAGACGGCAUGAUCACCCUGGACGACAUGGAGGAGAUGGACGGCCUCAGUGAUUUCACAGGGUCUGUGUUGAGGGUGGAUGUGGACACAGACUGCUGCACGGCUCCCUACUCCAUACCCAGGAACAACCCCUACUUCAACAGCACCAACCAGCCACCAGAAAUAUUUGCCCAUGGACUGCAUGACCCAGGCAGGUGUGCCGUGGACCGGCAUCAUACGGAUAACAACGGGAGUCUCUUGAUCCUGUGCACGGACGCCAGCGGUAGGAACGCGUCUGCAGGGAGAAUACUGGCGAUCACUAAGGGGAAAGACUACGAGAACGAGGCGUCCAUCUUUGACCUGGCGACCAGUGGAGGAGCAGCACCUGUAGGAGGGUUCAUCUACAGAGGCUGUCAGUCCAGGAGGCUCUACGGGAGCUAUGUGUUCGGAGACAAGAACGGGAACCUGCGGAUCCUCCAGAAGGGCUCAGCGGUGGCAGGGGACCAGUGGCAGGAGAAAGCUCUGUGUCUGGGGACCAGCAGCUCCUGUGGCUCCGCUCUGGUGGGACAUAUCCUGGGCUUCGGAGAGGACCAACUAGGUGAAGUGUACAUCCUGGCCACCAGUAAAAGCAUGGCUCAGUCACACAGUGGGAAGCUCUACAAGCUAGUGGACCCUAAAAGGCCCGCGGUCCCUAAGGAGUGUCAGAGACAGGUGGAGGCCCCGGAGCUGCUGGGAACGGCCUGCUCACGGCAGUGUAAGAACGGACACUGCACCCCCACCGGGAAGUGUUGCUGCAGCACCGGCUGGGAGGGACCCUUCUGCAGAGUGGCUAAAUGCGAGCCUGCCUGUCGUAACGGAGGCGUGUGUGUUGAGCCCCACAGCUGCCUGUGUAAGAGCGGCUACUCGGGCGCCCAGUGUGAGAAGGGCGAGCGGGGCAUGCCUAGCGACCAGGAGAAGGACGGCAUCCUGGACCACAUCAUUGACAUGACCUCGUACCUGCUGAACCUCACUAGCUACAUGGUAUAGGGGCAUGGGGAGGGGGUCCACUCCCACAGAACCCCCCGGGCCCCCUCACUCAACCACCGGAGAAGCCCAAGCAGAGCCUCCCUCCUCCCUGAUUCACCCCUGAGACACACCCCCCUGUCUGAACGUACCCUGUCCCCGUCAACACCCAGACUCUGGUCAUCUUCCUGCCCAUAAGCUCAGGGAGGCUACGUACACCAGGCAUCCGGGCCAAGCAUCCCUCCAGAGACCAUCACACAGACAGACACAGCAACGUGAUGGUUGAAUGCAUGGCAAUCGUCGUCUAUGGUCUAAUGGUUGGACCUCCACCGUGCCUACAUAAGCUUUUUAUACUCUUCUUCACCAGGAGAAAGUUCUUCUCCUCUCUCUCCCACUCUGGAACCCCCAUGCAGAUGACUUGAUAUUAGCACUGCACCCCUGCUGAGAACAGAGGGAGACCCCCUCGCGUUCUCUCCACACAACAACAAAAAAACAGCGGCCAUUUUGACUGAAGCCUUACAGAGAGCGAAGGGGAGUCGGCUGAGCUGAAACACGGCGAGGCGGGCGGAGGCGUGGUGACUUAAGUUAUCCCCCAGGACUGGAGAGUGGACAGCCCAAUACUGGGGGUUAGCUUUGGGUCUGCCUUCACCAACACAACACAGUCUAUAUACAGCCUUUAAAUGAACAUGCCAAUCUCUUCAGCAUCAGCAAUGCAAUAAUACUGACACUGACUGAAGAGUUUCUGAUAAUCUUACUGUGCCGUGUAUAGAGCCCCAUACAGAGUCCUGUUCUAUCUUGUCUAAAGGCACUAAUAUGAACGACCAAUAGACCAAUGUCACAGUAAUAAUAAUGAUUAUUGUUAUUUUGACCCACUGUUUUCUCCGGGUGAUGUUUUGUCUUCAUAGAAAAAGCUACGUUUUGAUACUUCAUGAUACAGCGGUAUAGAUUUGUUGUUCAUCGCUCACUUGACAUGCUGCCAAUGUACAGAAUGGAUCCAUUGCUGAAGAAUGAGUGUCUUUGGACUCAACAGGUAUCGAUAGAUUUUAUAUGUCUGUGUCCCAAAUGGCACCCUAUUCCUCGUAGAGUGCACUACUUUUGACCAGAGCCCUAUGGGCCCACGUCAAAAAUAGUGAGCUACAUACGGAACAAGGGUGCCAUUAGGGACAGAGUCUAUGACAUUGUUAGGAUAGAGCUCAUAGCUUUGCACUCCCAAUGUCAACGCCAGUUUGAUACAUUUGAAAUGGAGUCAUCAACUCCACGCACUGUAAUGUAAUGUUUUUGUGUUUCACAAUCAAGGGCAGGCGAUUAUGUUGGGACUAUAGUACGGUGUCAUACAGCAGUGACGUUGUCACACACUAACACAGUGGCACGCAGCAGCUCAAAUCUCUCACACUGAACACACACACACUAACACAGUGGCACGUGGUCAAAUCUCUCACACUGAACACACACACACACACUAACACAGUGGCACGCAGCAGGUCAAAUCUCUCACACUGAACACACACACACACACACACACACACACACACUAACACAGUGGCAUGCAGCAGGUCAAAUCUCACUCUUAAUCUCUCACACUGAACACACACACACACACUAACACAGUGGCACGCAGCAGGUCAAAUCUCACUCUUAAUCUCUCACACUGAACACACACACACACACACACACACACACACACACACACACUAACUCAGUGGCACGCAGCAGGUCAAAUCUCACUCUUAAUCUCUCACACUGAACACACACACACACACACUCGCUACACAACUUCAGUGGUCGUUCUACAGGGACAGAAGCUGAUGUAUAUUUCAUACAUAAAGAGCUGAACUAAGUACUACUUAGCCUUGCUAAAUAAUAUAGCGUUACUAUUGUUUCGAUAGAGGAGGGUUUAUUUUUUUAACUGUGAUAAUGUAAGGGAGACGACGGUGUUUGUAGAAAGUGGUUUUGCAUUAAGCUUAAAAAAUCAUGUUUUGUUUGUUUUUUUUGUCUUAUUUUUGCUAACAGACAAACACAAAAUGUAUGCAGUGUUUUUCCACUGAAUGAAAACACACAGCGACACGUGCAGUACAGAUCAGCACCGUGUGUUAAAGGCCACGCGUGUCUACACCUGAAUGGGACAGUUUGGAACCCACCACUGAGACACAACACAAGGCUCUCUCUGUGUUUCCUUCCCGUAGUACGCCUCUGUCUGUGGCGUUGAACUGCAGCAUAACGGUCGGUGUUUGGUCUUUGUUUUAGGCCACCAACUUAUUGGAGCCUGUUCCCAGUCGGAUGAGAAGAGUUCCUCCAGGUAGAUCAGAUGAAAGGUGGUUUCACACCAGACGCUCUACUCUACAUACUGUGAGACGUUCAGAUAAGACAGAUGGAAUGAUAAAAUGUGUCAAGUAUGAACCCAGACACUUUGUGGUGAACUGUGAUCCCUUAACAAAUUAACAGCAUAAAGAAGACGUUGCUCAUCUCAAAGACAGGGAUCUAAACCAUCUUCGGCGAGCCAAACGACAAUUUAAAAAAUACUCUAAUUAUGUUGGAGCCCAUCGAUGUGUUGUCGUUCAUCUGAAGACUGUAUAAAACACAUCACGUAACGCCACUAAUCUACAGGUUGAUCAGGAUUGGUUCAUUUGAUUUAGUGCCAUUGCAAAUUCCUUGAUACCGUAUUAAUCUUGAGUCUCCUGACAGUAGUUCAGCAAAGAUCAAAGCAACCUCUUACAUCUUGUGCCAAUGUUGUCUUUUUUUAAGUGCCUGCCCCCCCACACAAUUGGAAUGUCUUUAUUUCUAUGAUCAUAUAUUGUUUUGAGUUCUCGUUCUAAGCAUGGUUAGAAGUGUUCAGGGUUUUCCAAUUCCUCUCACUCUCUCUCUCUCUCUCUCUGUAUCUUCAACGACAGCAGUUGUUGAUCCUCUGUCUCGCCAGUGUUCUCUCUGGUCUAUAAUGCGUCAUAUGGAACUCAUGCUGUAAAGUCGAUACUAUAAUUUUAGCACUUAAUGUGAAACUUGCAUUUUAGCUGCUGAGACGGCGUGGUGUGAAUAAAAUAGAGUAACCGUUUUCAUUAUUUAAGUAGUUACGCAAACAAAGUUAUUUAAGUUCUCUACAAUUGUUUUUGCCGCUGUAUGUGAGGAUUUUGAUUUUGAUCAUGUGUUGUAAAUAAAACCUAGGGCUAUC